AUGUUGCUUCCGAUUGUAUUCGAUAUCGGCUCUGUGCCGCCUCCGGUUCAGAACGGCAUCUUUGGGCGCGGUGUAGCGUGUGUGCCCUCCCAGCUCAUCGGCGCCCCGCCGCUUCCGGUUGGGAGAUUGUGGCUGUCGAGCGUUGUUGGAGGGAGGUCUAUUGACUGCGUCGGCUUUACCUCCUUCUGGCGAAGGCUCAAGGCCGGCUCAAGUCGGCAUUGGCUACGGUUCAAAUUCUGCAAUCGUGGUGCCGACCACGGCCUGGAGAGCAAAGCGUUAGAAAACUGGCUGGAAAGUCUGUGCCCUCCGGAGGAGAGCAGAGUACGAUCGGCGUUGCGCAGCGACCGCCGCCAUGUUUGCACUGUCAUGCUGGAUCAGGUCGAGAAAAACGGCCUCACCGACCUCAAGACGUUGUCGCGAGAAGCAUGGGGGGAUUUCGUGCCGCCUCACCUGAUUAGCAACGGGGCCGGCAUAAUAUUCCCCAGCAUCGACGGAAUGUUGCCCAGCGACGACCUUGGACUGGAACUGCAGAGAGCGCGUCACCGGCUCCCGCAAGAAGCAAAGUGCUUGUCAGUUUACCAGCUCCCGCCCGUAUCCAACCAUUGUGAAAGGGUCCCUUUAAACCACGGUUACGCAGCACUCUGGGUGACCAAGGCGCUUUUGCAAUGUAGCAAGUACCAGGAAAACUGUGAGCCCCUCACCGUGGUCGUGGAUGCGAUCCUAGACGGACCGAUGCUGCAGAUGCCGGCAGCCUUAUCGUCACAGCUGUUUCUGUCCUGGAAGCCAGAAGAGCGCCAAGACAAUAGAAGGGAUAGGAACCAAGAGGCGGCAAUCUCGCCCAAUCUGAGACCUAAGCUGGUAAUCGCCCCGUCCGGUAGCUUCACCGACGCUCACAUCGAUAUGGGGUCUCACGGACUCGCGGCAAUAGGUCCUGGUGUGAUGAAGCUCUGGGGGCUGUGGCCAGGGACCGAGAAAAACGUGCGGAUGCUUGGGAGACUCAAGUGCGAGGCAGCCAAAAAGGCCAAAGAGACGACGACCUGGGCCGAGUUCGUGUUGGCAGAUGCAGUGUCGCAGCUGGAACACGGCAUUUGGGUAAUGACGGAACCUUUUGACCUGCUGCACAUGUCACCGGGAACAAUCCAUGCGGUUUACACCAUCAGCGGCGGGAUUCUCGUUGGCACCAACUUUGUUUCGGCCGACGAUGUGGCGGCAACCGCGCUGGCAGUUGACAACGAUCUAGAGGAGAAGGAGGUGCUGGGCGACAAGAGUAAAAGGAACGAGUUUGGGUUUUACUUCCAGGCGCUGGAGCUUUGUUUCCGACGACAGGCUGAGGAUGGCGGCAGGACGAAAUCAUGGGUUGACCAAGGCCACGCCGCCCGGGCAGAUCUGUGCUUUCAUGCGGCCAAGUUGCAAAAAGCAAUGGGGUUUAAUUCUUUCGUGGCGCAGAAGGCUGUUGUUUUGGCUAGCACUGAAAGCGACGGUAGAGGGUACAGAGGAGGCCGGCCGAGAAGAGGCGUUGCCGAUGCGAGGACAAUGCUUUGUUCUGAGUGCAGUCGUGUGUGGAUAGAUCAUUGGAAGGUAUUGUGA